ACACACACAUACACACAUACUCUCUCUCACUCUCUCUUUCUCCCUCACACGCUUACACGCACGGGCAGGCAGGCACAAACACAGCCACAGCCAGUCGCGUAUGCGCACACACACAUAUCCUCUCGCAUAGACACACACACGCACGCACGCGCUCUCUCUCUCUCGCUCCGUCCCUGGCGCUAAACAUUCUCACACGCGCACGAGAGGCAGCCUGGAAGACGGCGCUGUAAAGGAAAGGAGAAGAGACGAAAAGGCAGAGAAGAAAAGAGAGAGAAGAAGAAGAAAAGGGAAGGCAGGAAAGCACGAGCAGGAGAAAAAAAAGAGAGGAGCUGUCAGGCUUGUGAGUGGACCAAACGUACACGUGUUUGUGCUUUUCUUCGGGAGAAAAGAAACAUUUCCACACUCGCUCGGUUUCUCUGUGUGUCUGUUCUGGGAUCUGUGAGGAUCGGAGCUUUUCUCUUUUUCGGCGUGCAUUGCUGACUGCCUGGAGUUUGCUCUCUCGUGGGAAGGAAUCUGUAUUUUCUCUUUCAGCCGGCGAGAUUUCAUCAGAAGGGCUCUCGUGUUUGUGGAGGACGUGCUUUGUCACACUGGCUGCUUGAGCUUCAGGACAUCCAUCCAUCUAUCCAUUUAUCUGUCUAUCCAUCCAUCCAUCCAUCUCUCCGCCUUUCGCUGUCUCUCUCUCUCUCUCUCUCGCUCUCUCUCUCUCUCUCUCUCUGAGUUGCUCGGCUGCAUCCAGGCUUUGUCCAUCAAUCUGUGUGCGGAGCAGUGUGGAAGGAAGGUGCACCUCGGAUAUCCGCCGGCCUCCAGCAGGAUUCGGACAGCGUGCACGGAGCGGGCGGGCGAGCGAGUGAGCGAAGGAAGAGAAGCGAAGGAAGAGAAGUGCCGGCGCAUGAGAGAGAGGGAACCGAGGCAUGAACAGGAGAACACACGCCGGCUCUUCUGAGAAGUGAACGGAACCACGGAACCCUCGUCUCCCUCGUCUCCACUCCUCUCUACACCCCGCUCCUCCUCCUCCUCCUCCUUUUCCUCCACCGCCACCACUCUCUCUUUCCGUCCCUCUCUGCCUCCUCUCUUUCCUCUCUCUCUCUCUCUCUUUCUCUCUCUCUCUCUAUCCCUCGUUUUUUCAGUGCGCCGCUGCUCUGGGCAGCACCUGUGUGCCUCAUUCCAUCCUCUCCUCCUCUCCUCCUCUCCUCCUCUCCUCUGCUCUCGUCCCUCGUCUCCCCCCCCCACCCCCCCACUACCACCACCACCACCACCGCCUGCUCUUCCUCCUCACGGCCACUCCUCAUCCUCACACGCGGGCGGAAAAAUACGGGACAGCCUAAGGGUCCGGAGACCACUCCACGUCUUGUUUUUUUUUCUCCCCUCUCUCUCGCUCCGUCCGUCCGUCCGUCCGUCCGUCCGACCGACCUCCUCGGACGUUUCCUCUGCUAGCCUCUCCGGCUCUCCAAGGAUCUACACUACGAGCGCCUUCACUUCCCGCAGGAGGGAACCGAGCGAAGCGGGGUUUCAGUCAGAGGCGUUACUCGUUCCUGCUGCUCCGUAGAGUCUCCGCGCGUCCGUCUGUCUGUCUGUCCGUCCGUCCGACUGACCGACCAUUCGUCCGUCCCCUCGUGACCGCCUGAAGGAUUCCAGCUACAUGGGCAAACGCUUGGAACAGCAACCAAUGUACCCCCAGUACACCUACUACUAUCCUCACUAUCUCCAGACGAAGCAGUCCUAUGCUCCUCCCCCUCCCCCCAUGGCUCCUCCCAGCCCCAGCACCAACAGCAGCAGCCACAGCAGUGGGGCCGAGCAGCUGAGCAAGACCAACCUGUACAUCCGCGGCCUGCCGCCUGCCACCACCGACCAGGACCUCAUCAAACUGUGCCAACCAUAUGGGAAAAUAGUGUCAACAAAGGCGAUCCUGGACAAAAACACCAAUCAGUGCAAAGGCUAUGGCUUCGUGGACUUCGACAGCCCUGCCGCUGCGCAGAAAGCGGUGGCCUCCCUCAAGGCCAGCGGCGUCCAGGCCCAGAUGGCCAAGCAACAGGAGCAGGACCCCACCAACCUGUACAUCUCCAACCUGCCGGUGUCCAUGGACGAGCAGGAGCUGGAGAACAUGCUCAAGCCCUUCGGACACGUCAUCUCCACGCGGAUACUGCGCGACGCCAACGGGGUCAGCAGAGGGGUCGGCUUCGCCAGGAUGGAGUCCACUGAGAAAUGUGACGUUGUCAUUCAGCAUUUCAACGGGAAGUUCCUGAAGACUCCUCCGGGUGUUCCUGCCCCUACAGAACCGCUGUUGUGCAAGUUUGCUGAUGGAGGGCAGAAGAAGAGGCAGAACCAGACCAAGUACCCCCAGAACGGCCGACCGUGGCCCCGGGAAGGAGAGAGUGGCAUGGCGUUAACCUACGACCCUGCUGUGAUGCAGAACGGGUUCUACUCCUCCCCCUACAGUAUCUCCACCAAUCGCAUGAUUGCACAGACCUCCAUCACACCAUUCAUCGCUGCUUCUCCUGUCUCCACAUAUCAGGUCCAGAGCACUUCAUGGAUGCCUCACCAACAGUACGUUAUGCAACCUACUGGUGCUGUGAUCACGCCCUCCAUGGACCACUCCAUCUCCAUGCAGCCGGCUAACAUGAUGCAGCAGAUGAACCACCAGAUGAACCACCUCUCCCUGGGCUCCUCCGGCACUCAGUAUAUGACUGCUGCUGCUGCUGCUGCUGCUCCUAUGCAAGGAACCUACAUUCCCCAGUACACUGCUGUGCCUGCAUCUGCUGUCUCAGUGGAGGGAGUGGUAACAGAGCCCACGACGCAGACGGUUCCCCCCUCGUCGCAGGACGUGAGUGGACAGCAGCAGCCGCUAGCGGUGGAGAACUCCAACGAACUCCAGUCGGCCUACUCCUACCAACCCACCAAAUAACAACAGGAGGCGUUGGAGAGGAGGAGGAGGAGGAGGCGGAGAGAGGGAGGAGAGAGUGUUCCAGCGACUGCAUUGCCUUGAGAUUUGGGACUGCACUGAGACGGCAGAUGGAGGGAAGGAUGGAGAGAGAGAGAGACGGAGACGGAGACGGAGAGAGUGAAAAAAGAGAGUGGGAGAGGGGGCGAUGGAAGGAUUCGAACAAUGAAAGGAUGGUUUCUGAUGUUGCGCAGGCACCAGAAAUUAAAGAGAAAAAAAAUAGAUUUCCUGCCUGGACCAAGCAAAAGGAAUACCUGGACUUGUUCAGUCCGAGAACAGAACAAUGCAGUCUGGGAAUUCACCCUUUGGGUUAAAUGUCUAUCAGCAUGGGGCUGAACAUUCUUCAUUAAUCAAUUCAGUUUUAAAAAAAAAAGAUUAUAAAAAAAAGAAAGGUUUUAAAAAUAUAUAUUUGAAUGUGCUGGUAGGUUUUCAGCGACAUUGAGUUUUUCUAUUAGAUGAGGAAGCGAGUUCUAGACAAAAAAAAACAAAACAAAAAAAAAAACAAUCUGUCUUCCUCUGAUUCUAACUACUUCUUCUUGCUGUCAUUUGUAUGAGUUUUCUUUUAGUUUUUUAGAGAACCUAAAUAUUUCUCUCUUUUUUUCCUUUUCUUGGAUAUUUGUUGCCUUAAUUUCAAGAACUUCACAGAACUUUUUUCUCUCAAUUGUCAUGUAUGGAGGCACAUGGACAAGUCAACCAGCUCAAAACCUCCCACAAAGGAGAAGGCGUUAAAUGUUUUAGCUGUUUCAGAGUACAGAGGCUCUCUUUGUGUGGAAAGAACUUUUAAAUUAUCAGUGGCAACUGUGUGUUUUAAAGAUUGAACAAAUUAUUGUGGUGAUGAAUGGGGAAUGGUAUUUCUUCAACCAGAAAAAAAAGAAAUGUUGAUGCUGCAUCAUGGGAAAUGCAGUUUAUUGUGUAGUGCAGAUCCCUUUUUAAAAUGGCAUUAUUGUUUUUAUUCUGCAAUAUUUUUUAUGAGCUUUGAGGUGUUUUUCUCCGCCUGCUAUGCUUGUCUCGUUGCAUAAAAAGAAGAAAGAUUAAAUGUGGAAAAAAAAAACAUUGGCAGCGCAAAAAUAAGUGAAUAGAUAGGAGCUUCAUGACAAAAAAAGAAACGCAACCGUGUGCAAAAAGCAAUAGAAAUAGGAAAUUGUUGACAAUUUCUUUCGUUUUUUUCUUAGCUGUGGAUCAAAUGCAGCUUAUGGGUGGCAGAUUUUAUACCAAAGAUGAAGUACCCCAUCCCCACUGGAGGCUAAUGGAGGAAGAUGUUGUUUUCUUUGUUCUAUUUGAUAUUUUUCAGGCCUCUCUUCUCUCACCUUGUGUCCCCGUUUGACCUGAAAUGGCCAAACCAGAUUUGUACAUCUGUUUCCGUCAUAGGUUUCAACUUUCCUCCACUGGUGCAUCUGUGAGUAUGUUCGAGAGAAAGAGAGAGAGAGAGAGAGAGGGGAGGGGGAAAGAAAGAAAGUUAAAAAGAAGGCGGCGGAUGGGCCUAGUGUGCAGGUGUGAUUGUUUCCCACUAGGGGGUGACAGAUUUGCAAAAGGGCAUUUUUUUAAAGUCGUCUCAUUGACCUGUCAGGGGUGCUUUUUGUUUUUGUCAAGGUAGUCGGAAGUAAGCAACACAGCAUUUCCCACACACAGGUCUCACGCUUGCUCGCAUCCCCAAACUGUGCUCACAAGCUACCUCAUUUGUCUCUUUCACACUAUGAGGACAUGCAGUUUCAAAAGCUGGUGAACAUGAUCAACACUAGAGAGAGAGAAAGAGAGAAAGAGAGGGAGAGGGGCAGAGAGAGACUGAGGGAAGAGACAAGUGAAGACUUUUUUGCCUUAACAUUCCUCCACAGUUGUUGCUCCACUCAGUAUAGUGCAGUAUUCUCCAUGCUUUCCUCUGGUCCACGCUGAUAACAAGCUCUCGUAACCUGACCUCAACUCUGCCGUUCAAAAAAGGAGAACACUGAGAAAAGUAGAAGAACAGAGAUGUGAACCCCUCACUUCUGACCGGUCACCACACCCGAAUAGUCAAAAAAAUUAGUUUUUUUUUUCCUUCAGUCCUCCAGUGUCCAAAAAAGAUGAA